CUUCCACUUCCGCCUCCGGUCCAACAUCUUUACAGUUUCUGGAACCUUUGCUAGCGCGAGGCAUUGUGGGUUUGCUGGGCGGCUUAGACCCGGAGGAGAGAACUAGCGGGCCUCCAAGAUGAUGCCCACACCAGUUAUCCUGUUGAAAGAGGGGACUGAUAGCUCCCAAGGCAUUCCCCAGCUUGUAAGUAACAUCAGUGCUUGCCAAGUGAUUGCUGAGGCUGUUAGAACCACCCUGGGCCCUCGUGGCAUGGACAAGCUUAUUGUGGAUGGUCGAGGCAAAGCAACAAUUUCUAAUGAUGGAGCCACAAUUCUGAAACUCCUUGAUGUUAUCCAUCCUGCAGCAAAGACUUUAGUGGACAUUGCCAAAUCUCAGGAUGCUGAGGUUGGUGACGGCACCACCUCUGUGACCCUGUUGGCAGCAGAGUUUCUGAAGCAGGUGAAACCAUAUGUGGAGGAAGGUUUGCAUCCACAGAUCAUCAUCCGAGCUUUCCGUACUGCCACAAAUUUGGCAAUUAACAAAAUCAAAGAGAUCGCUGUGACUGUGAAGAAGGAAGAUAAAGAGGAGCAGAGGAAAUUGCUAGAAAAGUGUGCCAUGACUGCUUUGAGCUCCAAGCUGAUCUCCCAGCAGAAAGACUUCUUUGCUAAGAUGGUGGUGGACGCAGUGAUGAUGCUGGAUGAUUUGUUGCAGCUUAAAAUGAUUGGAAUCAAGAAGGUGCAAGGUGGAGCCCUAGAGGAGUCCCAGCUGGUAGCCGGUGUGGCAUUCAAGAAGACCUUUUCUUAUGCUGGGUUUGAAAUGCAACCCAAAAAAUACAAUAAUCCUAAAAUUGCUCUUUUAAAUGUUGAACUUGAGUUGAAAGCUGAAAAAGAUAAUGCUGAAGUGAGAGUCCACACGGUUGAGGACUAUCAGGCAAUUGUUGAUGCUGAAUGGGAUAUUCUCUACGAAAAAUUAGAGCGGAUCCAUCGUUCUGGAGCCAAAGUCAUCUUAUCCAAACUCCCCAUUGGUGAUGUGGCUACACAGUAUUUUGCUGACAGGGACAUGUUCUGUGCUGGCCGAGUGCCCGAGGAGGAUCUGAAGAGGACAAUGAUGGCCUGUGGAGGCUCGAUACAGACUAGUGUGAAUGCUCUGGAGCCAGAAGUAUUGGGUAGCUGCCAGGUCUUUGAGGAGACUCAGAUUGGAUGUGAAAGGUACAAUUUCUUCACUGGCUGUCCCAAGGCCAAGACUUGCACCAUCAUUCUCCGAGGUGGCGCUGAGCAAUUUAUGGAGGAGACCGAGCGAUCCCUGCAUGAUGCCAUCAUGAUUGUCAGGAGAGCCAUCAAGAAUGACUCAGUGGUGGCUGGUGGUGGAGCUAUUGAGAUGGAGCUGUCCAAGUACCUGCGGGAUUACUCAAGGACCAUUCCAGGAAAGCAGCAGCUGUUGAUUGGGGCAUAUGCCAAGGCUUUGGAAAUUAUCCCACGCCAGCUAUGUGACAAUGCUGGUUUUGAUGCCACAAACAUCCUCAAUAAGCUGCGGGCUCGGCAUGCCCAGGGAGGCACAUGGUACGGGGUGGACAUCAACAAGGAGGACAUUGCCGACAACUUUGAAGCUUUUGUGUGGGAGCCAGCAAUGGUGCGGAUCAAUGCCCUGACUGCAGCCUCGGAGGCUGCGUGCCUUAUCGUGUCCGUAGAUGAAACCAUCAAGAACCCUCGCUCGACAGUGGAUGCUCCUCCAGCUGCUGGCCGGGGCCGAGGUCGCGGCCGCCCUCAUUAAGGGGACAUUCCACUCCUCCUGAGUGGCCUACUGCCUCUGGCGUAUGCUUUUUCACCCCAGUUUUGGUCAAUUGAUAGAACAAGGAAAGGGGCCUGACUAGCCCAUUCAAUUCUAACUGAAGUUAUUUAAAUAAAUCGUAAGACUUAGAA